AUGAAGUAUUCAUUAUUUUAAUUGAUAGAAUCUUCACAGACAUUUUGGCAAAAAUAGAUAUAUUCAUUUAAAUAAUAUCCAUAAUUACAUUACAGGCAAGGAUGUUAUAGUAAAUUGUACAUGUUUAUUAAAUAAAAUCUAUAUCUUAUGCUAAUUUAUAUUCAACUAUGUUUAUUUGUAUUCCCCAAAACUCUUGUAAUGGUUUUGUUUCAGUAAAGCAGUAACCAAAUAAACAAUCAGUCAGUUCUCUUCACAUUGGUAUCUACAAUUAAAACAUCCAUCAAAAGGAUCAUUGUUACCAUUAUCACAUUUUCGUCUCCAACAAUUAUUUUAUCACCACAAAUUAGAAUGCAAGCAUUUCUUCCAGUCUCAGUUCGCAAUUAGAAAAUCCAACUACAACCAUAACCUAAAUUCUGCAAAAUCCAUGUUCAUGA